UUUUGAGUCAUACAAAGAAACCCACUAGAAGGGCAUUCUCUCUCUGUCUCUCUCAAUCCUACUUCCUUCCUCAACGCCCAAACACUUCUCUGCACUCACCUGCUGAAACAGUGACUGCUCUCUCUCUUUCAGGCAAGAAAGACACACACACACACACACUCAUCUGAGAUCCCUGGUGGUUCUCAUUUUCCCUCUCAUCUUCGUGAGCACCUGACGUUGAGGGAAUUUGUUCCCUCUCACUUCCAGAGGUCAAUAUUCCGGCUUACGGCGAGAGCUCCGUGCUGGCGGCCCAGCCGCUUUCCCGCUUUAGCCUGGGACGGAAGACCCUGCUGGGGGCCGGUACGGCCGUCAUGCUGCUCUUGGUGCUGGUGGUCCUCAUUCCUGUUCUGGUUCAUUUGGCGGGCAGCACUGAAAACGGAGGUCAGUACGAGAUGCUGGGCACUUGCCGAAUGGUCUGCGAUCCAUUCUUGGAAAAAACUGGCACUACCGAUGGUAUCGGUACGGGCACGGCUAUCACUAAUACGCAGUUGGAAGCUGAGGCGCUGACUGAUCAUAGCAUGGGACCCCCAUUGCCCACCUACGCCCACGGACCACAGGGCAAACCCGGCCGCCAAGGAAAACCAGGGCUUCCAGGUCCUCCAGGACCCCCGGGACCACCCGGAGAGCCAGGUCCUCCAGGACCAAUGGGGCCACCGGGAAAUAAAAACCACACCGAGCGGCCGGACAUCUUUGCUCUGGGUGGAAGAACAGCUACCGGAAUGGGGACAGCCAUCUAUACCAUGGGACCCCGUGUGGCCUUUUACGCAGGUCUGCGAAACCCGCAGGAGGGCUACGAGGUUCUGAGGUUUGAUGACAUAGUUACAAACAUUGGGAAUAACUACGAUGGAUCGACUGGGAAAUUUGUGUGCAAGGUUCCAGGGACGUACUUCUUCACAUAUAACGUCCUCAUGAGAGGAGGAGAUGGAACAAGUAUGUGGGCAGAUCUCCUGAAAAACGGACAGGUGAGAGCCAGUGCCAUCGCUCAGGAUCAGGAUCAGAGUUAUGACUACGCCUCAAACACCGUCAUCCUGCACCUCGACCCCGGGGACGAGAUCUUCAUCAAGCUGGACGGUGGGAAAGCGCACGGCGGGAACAGCAACAAGUACAGCACUUUCGCUGGCUUCAUUCUGUACAGUGACUAGAGGUCAAAAGGUCAUUGAAUUCAGUCUCGGUCUGUAGGUAAGAGUUGUUAGGGGAUCUUAACUGAUUUAGGUUGUAAAUCUGAUGGUUAUUAACAACCCUGACAUGUUUAGGUCAAGAACGAUUUCUUAUUUUUGUUUUACCUCAACAGUUUUUGUUUGCCACAGGCUAUGUUCACCUGAAAAUCAACAGCUAUACACUCAUAACUGAGUCACAAAACCCGAGCUAAUUUGUUUAAAGAGUCAUUAUGCAGCCUGAAGGGAAUGGCUUGUAUGUUUUGAGGUAGUAGACAUGUGCUUUUAAAACCUGGAUCCAAUGAGAACACAACUGGACGUGGUUUUCAGUUCUUGAAUCUGCUAAAAAACCUUUCAACAGACACACAUGAAAUAAACAAGAAUGAAAGAGCCUCAUCAAAGUCAUAACUUCUCAAAAGCCUAGUCAAGUGAGAGUUGAUAUUUUAUUAUGAUGUUGUCUUUGUAUGUAUGAUCAAUCUGUGAAUCUGGACUGCUGUUUAUCAAUGUCUCUGACUUUAUGUGAAGUGAAUGACCCUAAAAUCAUAAUGAGUGUAUGCACCUGCUUUUGACUGCUGUAAAUUACACCCUGUCCCUGAGAGUCUGUUGUACAUCAUAGUAGUGCAUCUGUUUGUGAUUGCUGUGUGAAUGUGGAAGUAUUAACACUAAUAAAGCUAAGCAUUCGUUUAAGCUAACAGCUAAAGCUAAACCCGUUAAUUGUUGUUUCUACCAAUGAAUUAUGAAGUAUGUGGCUAAUAUUACCAUUUCAAAUAAAUCUUAUCCAACUAAAAGUUACUACUUAACAAUGGAUGGAGAUCUAUUAUAACUGUAAUAGUUAUGCAGGUUUAUGAUGAUGAUGACUACUAUCUAAAAUUAUGUUCUGUAUAUAUCACAAUAGCCAUGACCUGUAAAAUGUAUCCAAAUAUCGAAAUGUUACAGCUUAUAGAUUUUUGCUUUUGCUAAUA